UUGUAUCUCUUAAAAUUGCGGCCACCUCUUGACAGGCUUUAGCCAUAGUCUACGUGGAGCAAAAAAUAAAAACCUUUUUAAAAAAAAUAGAGGAAAAAAAUAUAUCAUCUAUGAUAUAUAACAAUAGCCUACUAGAGUUACAACAAUUACCAAGACGGAAAGGGAAAAUGUUUCUCAAUAGUUUAUAUACGGAUGGCUAUACCUGUCGUGUCAACUUCGCGAGAAAUAUACCUCAAGUUCCAAACGAAGAUAAAAUUGUAUUAGAGCUUAGUGACUUUAACCAGGGCGAAAUCGAUGAACACUUCAAUCCUUGUUUCUUGGACCCCAAUAGAAACAGUCCCUAUGUCGCCUAUUAUGGUGAGAAUCAAGUCAGGAAACUGUCUAGCAAAGAAUACUAUUCCAUGUCAGGACACCUGCCCAAUUUUUUUGGUUUCUACAGCUUCCGGACAGCCUCAAUCAGAUGGAAAAACUACGUUGGCCGACAAUGUGCCUUAGAUGAAGCUGUUAAUAUUUUGUUAAGUGGUGGCAAAAAGUAUAAUCCAGCAAAAAGGAAAAGAACAAAGUCCAACCGACGAAAAAGAAAGAAAAUGCUCAACAGACGAAUUCCAGGAAUUCCCCACCUCCCAGUUGAUAUAACAUGGCCCUUACACAAGAAUAAUUUUACGGAAAUGGAUGGGGAAAAAAUGCCUUUAAUAAUCUUUGGUAACGGCAUGAAAGGAAAAGGCCAUGUCAGAUUCAGAGGAAAGCGUGUCGGUGUCUCUGGAAUUAUAUACAGACAUUUAAAAAGACGAGAGAAGUUAGGUGAGCUAUCAGUGUUGGACAUAGACGAAUUCCGUACGUCAUCUGUUUGUGACACAUGCCACCAGAUGAACUUUCGCAAUCACCGUGAUCAAGACAUAUCAUUCCAUAGUAUAUUAAUUUGCAACAAUUGUAAUAUAUAUUGGAAUAGGGAUGUUUUAGCAAGCAACAUGGCAUAUAUUUCAGCACAAAUCUGGUCUGGAAGUGGACGACCAGUUGUUUUUUCUCGGCCUAAUAGGCAAAGCGCCACAUAGAACGUGGUUGUUUGUUGCCCUUUUGGUGACUAACUUAAAGAUACUACAGGUAGGAAACAAACAAUUAUAUUUGUAUUUAGUCUAAAAUCAUU